AUGAAGGAAGAGGAAUUCAAGGAGAGGUUGAGCAAAUACACGCCACUUCUGCCUGAGAGUGUGAUAGACCACUAUUUGGAGAAGAAUGGGGUGAAGACAGACAACGAGAGCAUAAGAAAGACGGUCUCAUUGAUGGCUCACAAGUUUCUUACUGACAUAGCAACAAAUGCAUACCAGUUUCACAAAAUUCAUGUAAAGGCCCGUUCCAAGGACAAGAGGUAUGCGAAGGAGAAGAGAGUAACAUUACAGGUUCCAGAUGUGGAGAAGGCACUCGAGGAGAUGGGAAUUGACAUCAGUAGACCUUAUUAUUAUACAUAA